AUGUCAGAUCACGAGGACCUGAAUAAAGCCAUGGGACACUGGAACGCCUCUGAAAGCUACCAGCUCAACCCAGCCAGUGUCAUUGUGUCUGUGGUCUUCUCGCUCAUCUUCCUCCUGGGGACCAUUGGGAAUAGUUUGGUGCUGGCUGUGCUCCUCAGAAGUGGGCAGGUUGGGUAUAACACCACCAAUCUGUUCAUCCUCAACCUCAGCGUAGCUGAUUUCUUCUUCAUCAUCUUCUGUGUGCCUUUCCAAGCAACCAUCUACUCUCUGGAGGGUUGGGUCUUUGGGUCCUUCAUGUGCAAGGUGGUCCACUUCUUCAUCAACCUCACCAUGUACGCUAGCAGUUUCACUCUGGCCGCGGUGUCUGUGGACAGGUAUCUUGCCAUCCGUUACCCCCUGCGCUCCAGAGAAUUGAGAACGCCGUGUAACGCCGUAGUGGCGAUGGUGGUCAUCUGGGGCCUGUCGCUUGUUUUCGCCGGGCCUUAUUUGAGUUACUACGACCUGAUUGAUUUCGAAAACAGCAACGUUUGCGUGCCUGGAUGGGAGGAGCAGAACCGUAAGAUUCUGGACACCUGCACCUUUGUUUUUGGCUAUGUUAUUCCCGUGCUCAUCGUGAGCCUGUCCUACACCCGCACAAUCAAGUACCUGUGGACCGCGGUGGAUCCUCUCGAUGGCAUGUCGGAGUCGAAACGAGCCAAGCGCAAGGUCACCAAGAUGAUCAUCAUAGUCACGGUGCUAUUUUGCAUCUGCUGGCUACCGUACCAUGUGGUCAUUUUGUGCUACCUCUACGGAGACUUUCCCUUCAAUCAGACCACCUACGCCUUCAGGCUGCUGUCCCACUGCAUGGCCUACGCCAACUCUUGCCUCAACCCUAUUGUUUACGCCCUGGUGUCCAAACACUUUCGCAAGGGCUUCAAGAAAGUGUUCAGCUGCAUCCUCAGCAAAAAGGGACGAAAUAAGGUGCACGUGGUCCAUGUGGCCAACACCGUCCCCGGCUUCGAAGCGGGAUCCACUGAAGUGUCUCAUAUGAACGAAGAGAACGCCAGACAAAACGAGAACGAAAUGGUCAACCGUCCACUCGCAGAGCCGCAGGACGCCACUAUGACUAUAACAUUACCCUUCCAGAAUCAGCCAUGAAAAUAAAACGGACGGCUUAUCAUGCCUUACAGAAGCCUUAUUAAAACACUCCAAGCGAGCCGGAGGAUUUCAGCAGCUUUGAUCGACAUCACCAUGGUUUUGCAUUGACUGAAGGAGCACAGCGGAGUCUGUAGUUAUUUAAGAUUCAAAUCGCUGAGCAAAUUGAAAACGUACAUUCAAUUUGGUUCUCGUACAAAUGCGUAUUUGUGUUCUGCUUAGUUGUUUUGGUUCUAAUGCUAAAUUAUGUCUAAUUUACAAACUCCUCUCUUUUUUUUUAGCAGCACUGUCUGUUUGUUUUCUAUCGAUGUGUUACCCUCUGAGCAUGUUUCAAUUUAAUGCUGUAAUGACUAUUCUCCUGUGAAAAUUUGUUACCAAUUAUUGUGCGUAUAACACACUUUAAUAUAUGAAGAGUGCUGUGUCUUUAUGUGAGCAAAGCUGUGAUUUCCUACUGUGCUUGAAGCUUUGAAGAGUACUCUUUGAUUAUGCUCCUCAACUUCGCUUAACAAGCUCUUCAAAAAAAUAUGCUUAAGUUAAGUACUGAAUGUUCUUGCUUUUACCUCUGUUUUUAAACUCUGAUAUUCUCUGCUGUUUCAGAAAGUCUUGAGAU